GUAUCUUCCUCUGCCCCAUGCAAAUGACACGUACCAAAACUCACCCUUAAACUCUGUAUAUCUUCUUCCCACCUCCACACUCUCCAACUCAAAAAACAAAAGCAAGCCAGCCAUGGCGACAAAGAUCUCUGUGUCGUUCAUCUACUAUCUUGUUUUGACACUAUUCUUGAUCUUAUCCUUGAACGCACCGUGCUCAACGGCGGUGCUGAGAGGGGAUGAGGCGGCCAAGGAGGACGAGAGAGGCGUCAGUGGCAGCGGUGCCCUCUUUGUAAAGAAGGGAGAAAGGGAAACGGCGGUUUCGACGGAGGAGGGAGAGAUUUCCACGGUGAGAAUUAGCGACUGGAUAGACAAUGGGAGGUUUCAUAUCGAGUUCAUCACCUUGGAGCCAAACGCCCUCUUCCUCCCUGUUCUUCUCCAAUCGGAAAUGGUCUUCUAUGUUCACACAGGGAGUGGGCAGAUUAAUUGGACUGAUGGAGAUGAGACCAAACAGCUAGAAUUGAAAAAAGGAGAUAUAUAUAGGCUGCGACCCGGAUCCGUUUUCUACAUUCAAAGCAGCUUAGAGAUGGAGAGGCAAAAACUUAGAAUUUAUGCCUUCUUUGCCAAUGCAGAAAAUGACUUGCAUGAACCAGCAAUUGCACCAUACUCAAGUAUACGCAGAUUGAUUCUCGGCUUUGAUAAAGCCACUCUAGCAGCAGCCUUUGGGGUUCCUUUGGAAGCCAUAGAAGAGAUUACUGGCGCUGCAGAUCCUGGAGCUAUAGUGCAUGGAUUGACAAAGGCCAAGAAAACAGUGGAGAUGGAAUUUGAUUUCAUCAAAGCACUUCUAAGUGGCAGUGGCUACAUCAGCUUAUAUCAUGCCCAGAACAAGAAAAAGACGCAACAGUUCAAUGUUUUCUCGAACGACCCCGACUUUGAAAACUGCAACGGGUGGAGCACAGUAGUAUCGAAGAAGCAGUUGUCUGCAUUGAAGGGCAUUGACAUUAGCCUUUUCAUGGUCAACUUGACCAAGGGCUCAAUGAUGGGGCCACAUUGGAACCCAAGGGCUACUGAGAUUGGAAUCGGCUUGCAAGGACAAGGAAUGGUCACGGUGGUUUGCCCUGGGCCGACAAACAGAACAGGCUGCAAAACCAUGAGGUUCCACAUCGAGGAAGGUGACGUGUUUGCGGUGCCUAGGUUCCAUCCCAUGGCUCAGGUGUCUUUCAACAAUGACUCUUUCGUUUUCAUGGGAUUCAGUACAGCGGCAAAGAACAACCAUCCUCAGUACCUGGCAGGCAAAGCCUCUGUGUUCCAGACUUUGGACAGAGACAUUAUUUCCAUCUCUUUAAACACCAACAACAAGACAGUAGAUAAGAUAUUGAAUCAGCAAGAACAGGCGAUAAUCCUGGACUGCACAUCUUGCGCGGAGGAAGAGUUCAAGAUAAUGAAUGAUGAAAUUGAAAAGUCAAAAGAAAAAGCAAGGAAGAAAAGGGAAGAGGAAGAAAAGAAGAAGAGGGAAGAGGAGGAAAAGAAAAAGGAAGAGGAGGAGAGAAAAAAACAGGAAGAAGCUAGAAAGAGAGAAGAAAAGAAAAGGCAAGAAGAGGAAGAAGCUAGGAGAGAGGAGGAAGAGGCAAUGAAGAAAGAAGAGGAAAGGCGACAGGAAGAGGCUGCCAGAGAGGCAGCUAGGAAAGAAGAGGAAGAAGCUAGGAGAGAGGAGGAAGAGCAGAUAGAGAAACAAGAAGAGAUGGAAAGACAAAAAGAAAAAGAAAAAGAAAAAGAACAAAAGAGAGAGGAGAGAGAGAAGGAAAAGGAAAGGCAACAAAAGGAAGAGCAGAAACACCAAGAAGAAGAGGCUGCCCGAGAGGCUUCUAGGAAAGAAGAGGAAGAAGCUAGGAGAGAGGAGGAAGAGCAGAGAGAGAAACAAGAAGAAAUGGAAAGACAAAAAGAAAAAGAAAAAGAAGAAGAACAAAAGAGAGAGAAGGAAAAGGAAAGGCAACAAAAGGAAGAGCAGAAAUGCCAAGAAGAAGAGGCUGCCCGAGAGGCAGCUAGAAGGGAAGAAGAAGCAAAGAGACAACAGGAAGAGGCAAAGAAAAGGGAGGAGCAAAGACAAAAGGAAGAAGAGGCGGCUCAAGAGGAAACUGAAAAGGAGGAAGAAGCAAGGAGAGAGAAAGAAGAAGCAAAGAAGAGAGAAGAGCAACAAAGACGUGAAGAAGAAGCUGCCGAAGAGGCAGCCAGAAGGGAGGAAGAAGCAGCUAGGCAACAGGAGGAAGAAAGAAGAAAAGAGGCGGCUCAAAAGGAGGAGGAAGCUAGGCAGCACGAAGAAGAACAAGAGAAACAUGAAGGUGGUGGGUGGGAGUGGGGAGAGGGGGGUCCAAGCAUAGAAUGGGGAAGAAGAAUCCUGAAGAAAGCUAGGGGGGAGGCUUUCAUAUUGCCCUAAUGCCUCAGUUUUCCAAAACAUGUGUUCAAAGUUUCUGAAUAAGCAUAUCAGAACAUGUUCUUGCUUUGACCCUGUGUCUGUUUUGCAAAUAACUUUUGUCCCCAACCUAAUGUUAUAACCACUUUUCAUUAGCUUCGGUAUGAAUCAAUGAGGUUCUUUUUGUUCCGUUUAUUUCUCUCUCAGUUUGUUCAGUUCUGCCAAUAAAAAAUAAAGAACCAGAGUAAGGAUGGGGCGCUUUUGGCCCCUAGCUUAUGCAGUUUUAGCUGCUAUUCUAGCUAGCUUUUACUCCUUUGGUCUCACAAAGUUAAACCUAUAGUUAUUUUUAUCAAAUGGUGUACCAUCGACUUAACAAGCAAAUACGAAGCAUCUUUUUC